GCAAGUAGCAUCCUGCACGGAGACUAGAUAUGCCUGCCUGUCAGUUUCCAAAACAUUUGCGCCGUGUCUUCUCCAAGUUUUAGUAUUUUGGUUUGCAGGCUUUAGAAAUGGAUCAACAAACAGCAGUAUAUUUGUCCAAAGCAGCGGCCUGCCUGCCAGCGUCUGAAGGCAUUUCACAGCUGAAAAGCCAUCUGCUAUGGGUUUCCUCGACUGUCUCAGGUGACAAUGCCGUCAAUAAGUCUACUAUGUGUCCGAAAUGCUGUCAGGUGUGGAACGAUGGUAAAUUUUCCUUGAAGCUAAAAUCUUCAGGAUCUCCAGGUCCACGCAUGGUCAAAAUAUUAAGGAAGUUUGCCGAAACUCCUGCAAAAUUAAACCGAGUGGAGAAAAGCUUAAUGGAGAGAUUUAAGAAAAAUGUUCGAAAUAAAAUGGUUCUUCACUGUCAAGCUUGCAUGAAUGAAACAGUAUUGCAGACUACUAAACAUGCCCAUCCUCAACUUGACAAGUAUAUUAUUAAAACUCCAGUACAAUCAGGUGCAGCCACUUUGCCAAAGAAGAAAAAGAAAAGGGAUCGUUUUGCUGGUCUGAAUGUCUCUGCUGUUUUAUCAGUAACUCCUUCACCUGGAGCUAAGUCCUUGAUUAAGGUAACGGAUCUCACCAGUGAAACAUCAGCUACGCGAAGCACUGACCGGCAACAGCAUACAAGCGGCACACCAUCACUGCCCAAAUCUAUUCAGAGUGAUCCGAUAGGUCAAUUUAAUGUUAAGAAAGGACACCUGGCAGGCAAAAAGAAAAUGAACUUUUUGCGGGAAGAAGUCAAGGCCGCUAACCAGGAAAGGUGGAUGGAAGAGAAGAAAGCCUUAUCAAAAAAGAACUCCAACAUGAAGCGGAAUAGUAAAUUGCAAAAUUACUUAAGGACAGCACCAAAGGAGAUACACUUGGAGGACCGAAUCAAUAGCUUAUUACAAAAGUAAAUUUUAAUAAAGACAGGAUGGGACAAACUGUA